AUGAUCCCAUGCUUGUUUCUCGACGAAGACCAGGACUACUAUUUGAACGACGAUGACUUCGAUCGAUUAUCGCCGCUCACCAACAUGACGAUCGCUGAGCUCCUCGCCUUCGAUGUCGCUCCCGCCGACGCGUCUCUUCACAUCGAGUUGUCCAAAGGCGAGCCCAACCAGUAUUCGACCUUACCCUACCCGACUCUCCAGACCAGAGACGCGUUUCUCGCCACCGAUGCUCUGAUCAACGCACGCAAGAAUGGAUUUCGAUCUUUGGCCGUCGCGUCGACGCGUUUGCCGCUCGGCGCCGAUCGGCUAUGGUCGCAGUACGACCGAGCAGAAGAUGUUCAAAGCUGGGCGCUGCGAGCUCAACGAUGGAUGGAAAAAAUCGUCGUUAUCAACGGAACUGACCGCAACCGUAUCGCUGUCGCACGUCGCAUACUGAACGGACUGCAAUGGCAAGAGCAAGCUCAUGCGUGCUCGUUACUACACAGCCCACACACUUGAAACUUCCGCCUCUUGUCGAUGCUCGCGAUACCAAUUUCUCGCUGAACUGGGCCAACUUGAUUGCCCAUCGAGCUGCUCAUGAGUGUAGCCACCUCAGAGCUGUUCUACUCAAAAGGGAGGCCGAUGGAAUCGAGCCACACAAGUCGCGGAGAGGCAGGCGUAGGGAUUAGCAAUACAGAGCAAGGACGCAGUGCAGUACAUUCACGCGUCUUGAAAGGGUUGGUCCAGUCCAUGGGACCAUCUCGCUUUGAAGACAUGGCGGGCACGGCCAGGAGCUUUCGCUGGACUGGAGGUGGCCAGGUGGCCCGAGCGCUCACAACAAACGAGAUUCAGAAGAAUGCCUAUAUUGAGGAUGGCCGCAUUCAAGUGAGUUGUCGCUGAAAUCAGGAAAUAAUGCAACUGGAUCUAGUGUUUUGUUAUUCCUGUACUCUUAGGAAAAGCUCCCUGAAAGAACCAAGCAGUACGGAGCGCUAGCACAACGCUAUCCUCAUUUUGGAUCGCUUGACGGAGCUGUAACCACUGCCACACCAUUGGAGAUCGGAUCUCUGAUCUGCUUUGGCCUCAAGCGUGGCAUGCAUUCACUCAGCUGCGAUCAAACUGCUUAUGGAGAAGAAACGCUGUCCAUCGGAAUUGGUACGUUGUUUUGAGUGCAGUGGCAGUUGAGCUGUGACGUUCUCAUUUGACAAAGGUCUUGUCUGCUACAGUGCGAUACAUCUACAGCAAAGUGACAACAAACCACUGCAACCAAGACACGCUCCCGUCGUUGGUUCUACUUUCAAAUGUCGUCGUACAGGAGCUUCGCCUCAUCAAGAAAGCAUGCUAUUCCACUCACCUCAUUGAUGGCACUAUGCCGUUUCGCAUGAUUGAUGGUCGACAGGUCAUCGAGUCAUUAGGCCCGCCAGCGACUACAUAUCGUUCAACCACGGACCUUACCUCAUGUUACCCCGACGAGCGCAUAAUCACAUGUGCUAUAGCGCGACAAGGUCGUGAAAUAAUGAUUUCUCUCUCUCAUAAUCAGCACGUGCGCACGUGCCGAGCAAAGAUUUGCCGCCCUUCGGAGCGUCCCCGGCCUGCGAGAUGCCGCCGGUAG